CGGCCUCUGACCCGCGCAGGCGCACAAGCGCGCUCUCCGCUCCGGUUCCAUGGAUUCCCGGUCCAGCUGCGUGGUGGUGACCGGUUUCGGGCCCUUCCGGCAGCACUUGGUGAAUUCCAGCUGGGAAGCGGUGAAGGAACUCUCCAAGCUGGGCCUGGGGAGUGACAUGCAGAUAGAGCUGCGGAUUCUUCAGCUGCCGGUGGAUUACAGGGAAGUGAAGCAGAGGGUCGCCAGAAUCUGGGAAGAUCUUCGACUGCAAUUCGUUGUGCAUGUGGGCGUGGACCCCGCGGCCAAGGCCAUCUUUCUGGAGCAGUGCAGCAAGAACCGAGGCUACCGAGACGCCGACAUCCGGGGCUUCCGGCCCGAGUGUGGCGUGUGCCUUCCGGAUGGCCCAGAAGUGAUUGCGUCAGAGGUCAGCAUGAAGGCGGUCAGCCGGCGGGCGGCAGUGCAGGGCGUGGAGGUGGCCUUUUCCCGAGACGCGGGUAGGAUGUGCCAUCCAGCUGGGUGCUUGGAGCUGCCCAGAGUCAUCAUGCAGACCCGCACGUUGCUCACUUCUGCCUACGACAGAUUCAGAGGACCCUCCCACUCACUAGCUGGCAGAAGAAAAUGGGUAUGUCUGCGAUUACGCCUACUACCUGUCUUUGCAUCAUGGAAAUGGGUGCGCAGCGCUCAUCCACGUUCCUCGGUUAUCUCCUUGGCUGCCCGCCAGCCUGCUGGGAAAAGCCCUGCAAGUCAUCAUCCAGGAAAUGCUGGAGGAGAUUGAGAAGGCUCGGGCUCCAGACCUGGUUCACGGGAAACUCAGCCUUUGCAGUUCCAGCCAGGGAGAACCAACUGGGGGACUGCUCCUUUAGAGAGAAUUAAAUGUUUCAAUCCUGUGAAUAGAGUUCAACUGUGCUUUGAGAGGCUUUUUUAAAAAAUUGCUUAUAAAACAGUUUGCACAGAGGAAAAAUGUUCUGAAUUCGCUCAAGGAAAUCACAAAGGGUUAUUUUAUUGUCAGAAGAAGGAAGAACACUCUGAAAGGCAGACAUUUCAUAGGGGAUUAACUAGCUUCAGUUAUGGUUUUCCUGACAAUAAAAUGAAGUGCUAGUAAUGUCUUUUUCCCCUCUUAAAGUCUAUGUCUCGGGCCUCUGUGAUUCCCGAUCGCUGGGACCUCUGCUUCGUUCCCCAGAGCCCCAUGUGGUGGGAUGACCUGUAACUGGCCGACCUUGGGAAAACAGGUGCAGCCACCACUGCGGGUGCCCCACGCUGGUCGUCUGAGCCUGUGCAUCCAGGUGCUGCAAGCGCCCUCUGAGCCACCGAGUCUCUAGUGUUUGGGCUUUUUCUAACUUCAUAAAAAAAUGUUAUAAAA